UUUUCGUUGAAAAGCCUCCGUGGCGUAAUUAGCUGGGAUCAGUCCAACGCAAACCGCGCCAUCGAGUGGAAGUGGAUUACUGCUGCCAGAGUGAAGUGCAUCGAAGCCAGAGCGAAUCAGAGCGAAAUUCUACACGUAUCACGCAUACGCCCGGUAGUACAGUAGUACAGUAGUACAGUCGAAUAACCGAAUAUGUCGCCGAGAAGGAGCUUGCUGUGCUGCCUGCUGGUGAGCAGCAUCCUGGUGCUGCACCAGGCCCAGGCCAACAUCGAGACAAACGAAGUGGACGACCCCAGUUGGUACAUGCUGCAGGGUGUGCGUGUGUAUCCCAAUGAUCGACAGUGCGUGCUGGUCGGAGGACUGUGUGUCCAGGAGGCGGACUGCAUCGAGCCCACCUCGAACAAGGGAUUGUGUCCCACGAGCGCCGGACUGGGCGUCGAGUGCUGCUACGAACUGCCGGUCAGACCAGCGCCCUGUGCGGAACACCUGGGACAGUGCAUGGACCGAUGCCACCAGAGGCUCCUGCGACCCGGUACCGAUUGCCAGAACGGCCAAGUCUGCUGUGUCCUGAUUUAGUUAUACUCAACCACACCAAACACAUACCCGUGCAGAGGAACAGCAUCGCCAAAUCACUUAGUUUUGCGACAAUUCAAAUACCCAAAGCUUGUAUGCAGGACUUCUAGAAUUUUCCAAAAACAUUGGUCAAGUCUUUUAUUUUCAACAUAUCUCUUAGUAGGACUUAUCAACAUAUCUACAAAUUUGAAAGCAAAGAAUAAUUUUUAUUUGUAUAUGUACAGUCUUCGCUGUAUAUUGUUUUCGCUCAAUAAAAUAGGCAUAACAUUAAAAUGA